CCUUACCUGACCCGUGUGCAAAUGGGAAAUCCACCAAAAAACUUCAGCAUGCUUAUUGAUACUGGGAGUAGCAUACCAUGGGUUUUUUUUGCCAGCCACAGGGUGCACCGGAACUCAGUGCUCCACCUGGACUAUUUGACCCAAAAUUGUCCUCAUCAUCGGCUCUGCUGGCAUGCUCCGAUAGUAGAUGCAAAGACCUAAUCCGUGGCGGCUAUGGAACGUGCAGAAGAGAUAUAUGUGAGUUUGACCUCCGGUACGGUCCUCUAUCUGUCCAGUAUUCUGCAGCAACUGGCUACUACUUAUCGGACAGCGUCGGUCUAGAAAUUUUCGAAGGAUCAACUUCUGUGAAGACAUCCUCUGCCCCUAUUUUAUUUGGAUGUAGCACAUACAGGUCGGGUGAACUAUCAGAGGAUGCAUUUGACGGCUUUCUUGGUUUUGGGCCAUUUCCAUUGUCCUUCAGUUCGCAACUGCAUUCCUUGGGCUUAUCCUUUGACGUCUUCUCUAUAUGUAUGCGGAGUUCAUAUGGCGGCGGCAUCCUGGUUUUCGGCGAAAUUUUGGAGCCUGGAAUUAUUUAUACUCCACUAGUAACUUCACUGUAAGCUCAUCAGUCCACGUAUGACUCAAUAUAAAUAGUUUUCCUACAUGUGUGCAGAAUCCACAAGCAAUGCAGAGACUGCAUCUAGCUCAUAGGAUAUGUGACAAUAGCAUAAUGAAUGAACAAAAUAUACAUUGUCGGUAAUUAUAGUGACUAAAGUUCUUUAGAAAA